UGAUACGUAUUAGCUAGAGUAUUUGCUUAGCAAACCGAAUUGGCCUUCCGCCUGUUAUCGGCGUUGACCCUGCUGACUUGCACUCGCACCUCUCGAAGCUUAUUGGGCCCGAGCCCACAGAGCAUUGCUUUUUGCCUCAAACUCAAAGCGCUCAAAAUCUCUUGUGGGUUUCCUAUCUGGCCUAACUUCCCCGAGCAAGGCGCAUGGCCCCUACACGCCGCGCAACUGGGCGACACGCAGCUCUGUAGAGAUUCAACAAUACGAGUCACGAGGUAGCUAUGACAACGCGGCUGCUGGACGCGGUGUCUGCGGUUCGGCCCGAUGGCCGGGGCGGGCGGAAGCGGCAGCGCACCGAUGACGUUAACGAGGCGCUGGCGCUCGCGCUGCUGGAGACCGUACGCCAAGCGCUGGACGAGGGCGAAGCAAAUCCAGGCUGCGCAGCCGUGACGACUAGCGACCCGAGUGACAGCACCCAACACGACCCCCAGUCGCCCCCGCGCCCGAGCCUGCUGCCUCGCCAGCACGUCACAUCUGGCCCACACUCGCCACAGCUGCAAGCAUCGGCGCUGAUGCCGCCACCGCAAUUACCGCCUCUCGAGCUCGCGUCUGGACGCCGCGGGGUGAACAGAAGAGCGGGCUCGCGGUCGCGGGAGGCCUCUGCGACGCAGGUGCCGUUGCCGCAAGAGGACGCCGGGCCCCUGACCACAAACGAGUCCCUAUCGCCUGGCGCUGCGCUCCUAGCAGCAGCAUCGGCAGCAGCAGCUGCAGCAGGCGCCAAGCUCGAGCCAGGGAUAAAGGAAGGAACAGGGGUGGGGACCACGCGGCAGGUUUCGCCGCGUUCUCGCUUCGGCUGCAGCACAAUCGCAGACGCCAGUGCACUCGGCGCUAGCGAGCUCGGCUACCUUCCGCCGCCGCCGCUGCUGCAUCUGCUGCCACUUCCACUGCCGCCUUCACCAGAGACUGUUGUGCCGCAGCCGGCGCGGCGCGGCAGCCGUACGCCACGCGGCGCCGGCACACCCGUGGCCAUCGGACUCCAACUUCACGCGCACCAGCACACGCACACGCAAGGGCUGCUGCUGCAGCAGCAGCAGCAGCAGCAGCAGCAGCAGCAGCAGCAAGCGGGCAGCGCCUCUCAGAGCCGGGGCUCAGCGGACACAACACUGGCGGAGACGGGCACCACGCAAGAAGCGGGGGAGGAGCCGGAGGAGGGGGAGGAGGAGGCGUACUUGCCGCGGAAAAGGCAGGACAAGUCCAAGGUGGGGUUGCCGGGUGGGCCGUGCGCGCACUGCGGCAUCACGGAGAGCCCGCAGUGGCGACGGCCGCUCACCAAAAAGGUCGUGUUAUGCAACGCCUGUGGCAUCUACUUCAGCAGGCACCACUCGCUGCCCAAGCGCAAGAAGGUGCGGGGCGCCAGCGCGCAGGUGAUCCCGGCCUCGGCCAAGCCCAUCUUCAUCCCGCCUCACAAGGAGCUGGCGCCCAGCAUCAUCUGCGAUGAGAAGCUGGAGCUUGACGACACGCCUGCCUCGGCAGCGGCUCGCGCCGCCAUCCAGCGGGUGCACUCGCUGCUGCUGCCGGCCCCCGCGCUGUCGCUAGCGGGUGGUGGUGCGUUCUCAGUCCUGGGAGACCAGGCGCCCCUCGCGUCGACCGCUGCGCAGAUCGCGGGCGCCACUGGCCGUGCGCUGCUGGAGCUGUCUGCCAGCACCCGCACCGCCCUGUCACUACCGCUCAUGAUGGCGCUGCCCGUGGUGGGCGGCAUCAACCGGGUGGUGCAGACCUACCUGCACCCGCACGCGGUAGCGGCGGUAGCAGAGGGAGCGGGUGCGGGCUCGGCGGGAGUGUGCCUGUGUGGGCUGGAGGCCCUGGGCAGCGGGCUGGGUGGCCUGGGUGUGGAGCUGGGGUGCUACGGCGUGGGCGGGCUGGGGGCACUGGAGGCGGCGGGCUCGCACGCACUGGAGUCGGGAGGGGAGGAGGCGGGCGGCGGCGGCGGUGUGCUGCCGCCGCCGGGCUUGCCGUCGCUGCUGUCACUGGGGGCGAUGCCGUCGCAGGGCUCGGCACACGGCUCGGCGCUCUAGUAAGGAAGGGAAGGACAGAGCGAGGAGCUUUGCACUGGCGCGGUGAGAGGCUGUGUGGUGCUUUGGUCAGGGGGCUCAGUGUCAGCAUAUGUUCACUGAACGCCAUUUGGGAUGCUGGUCUGGCUGUGCGUGGUGUGCAGUCGUGGAACUGCAAUGAGGAAAAGCGGUGUGGGCACCACUCACUCGGAUACCCCCUGGUCCAAGCGCCCCUACUUAAAGGCGUCAGGUGCGGAGAUGUCGAAACGCAUUGAGGAGUCGCAGACGCAGAAGGGAGGUUGCCCACUACUCCUGCUUGCCGCCGCAAGGGUGGUGAGUGAUGGUGGGCAGUUUUGACGUGAGGGUGGGCGGCGUGCUUCCGCCGUGGACAACGGCUUGGCGAAGCGCUUGCGCGUUCACGCAGGCCUUGUGGGCAUGUGCAGUGGCUGCCACUGGCUGUGUACCAUACAACUAAGCAGUAUGAGACGUGACUGCGUCGUGAUGGCAUCAUGCCUAUUUCUUUUGCAGAUAGAGAAGUAGGUAGGCACGAGGCGUAGGACAGGGCGACAGGUUCCGUAGGUUUUGAGGUGGAUCGAGACAGCAGUGACCAACCCUGGAUCAACCGCACGUGAGUGACUGAAUUAGGAUUCAUGCAAGGUAGCUUGAAGCGACCUUAAGCCUGGCCGACUUGGACUCUUGGAGAUUCCGUAUGCCGCCAUUACGUUUGUGUGAUGGCGAUUGGCGUUAGCCAUGAAAGGAAGGCCCCCAACGUCAGGCUCUGUGCGCAACACCUAGCCAGACGGCAGCGUAGCUAGGCCGCGCAACGGGUUUACAGCUUGGGCACUGGAGUGUCUCGGUGAUAACCACGUGUCAAUA